AUGAAAUUGCUCCAGAACUAUAGAGUUGCAUUGUCAAACAAAGGAUCAAGAGUUCAAGCUAAUGCAACAAUAGACACAGAACGUCUAAACUAUUUCUUGUCCCUAAGGAAGAGAAAUGGUGCAUAUUUUGCUUGCUUCUGGAGCAGAUCCAACUGCUCAAGAUGCCCAGCAUGGACGGACGCUUUGCAUACAGCUUCAAUGGCCAAUGACGUUGGGUUGGUCAAGAUUAUACUUGAUGCUGGAGUUGAUGUGAACAUUCGGAAUGUACAAAAUACAAUUCCUCUUCAUGUAGCAUUGGCCAAAGGGGCGAAGUCAUGUGUCGGACUGCUUCUGUCUUCUGGAGCAAAUUAUAAUUUACAGAACUGUAAUAUGAGAAAAAUUCAAUUUUAUAUGUGCACAUGUGGAGGCAAUCUAGUGAGGACCCAAUUGGGAUUGCAUAUUAACUGUUAA